UUCUAGUUGCUGUUUAUUUCUUGAUUCGCUCUGUCGUUGUUUUUUGUGCAAAAAUAAGUCAGCGAUUUCUUUUUUUACAUAUAAUUUUCCCAAAGUAAUUUUAAGAAAUUUAUCAAGUUUCUAACAAUGAAUAAAAAUAUUGAUUAUAAAAUGUAUGGCAAACAUAUAUAAAGUGUUAAAAUAUCAUAGAAAGUGUUAAUUAAAUGAUGAUGAAAUAGAGAAAAUCUUUGUGGAGCAAGAAAAACGAAAGGUUCAAUAAAAUACGUGUUAAACUACGAAAAAGUGAAUCAAAGAAGAGAGUGUAUAAAACAGCCAACAACAAAGGCAAAAGCAUUUCAUUAAGAAGAGGAUACAAAAAAGUGUAAAAAAAUAAAAAGGAACGAAAGGAUAUUUAAGCGCAACAGCUGAAAAUUAUAAUAAAAAAACUAAUGUAAAGGAAUCUGCUGCAACCUAAGGCUGGUGGUUUUUAGUUAAAUACUUAUAGUUGUACAUUAAGCACGCUUUUUUUUCGGAGAUUAAAAAGUAGAAUAGUAUAAUUAUAAAUUUUCCAAGAAAGGUGUUAAACGAAUUUGUGUGUCUUUUUGGUGUAAACAAAAAAGUGGCAGAAAUAUGAAAACUACUAUUGAGUUUGAGGAAUGUCUCAAGGAUUCACCAAAGUUUAGACAAUUCAUCUCAAAAGAGGAAGCAGAUAUUGAACAUUUGGAAACACGUCUUGAAAAAAUCAUUAAACUUUGUAAUAUAGCAGUUGAUUCGGGCAAAGAAUAUGUUAAAAAUCAAAGUGCUUUUGCAAUGUCCCUUUGGGAUUUGCAACAACAUUUUGCUGAUAAUAAAAGUGCUCACAACGCAUUGGGAAAACUGAUACACUGUUUUCAGGAAAUGAAUAAAUUUCACACCAUUUUAUUGGAUCAAGCCAAUCGUACGGUUUUGAAAAAUCUCGCUGUUUUUGUUAAAGACGACAUCAAUCAAGUGAAAGACUACAAAGGACAUUUCCUUAAAGUUUCCGAAGGUUAUGACAAUGCUUUAAUUAAAAAUGCCCAAGCGAGUAAAAAUCGUACACAGGAAGUACAAGAAGCCGCCAACAUAUUAUCUGCUUCUAAAUCUUGCUUUCAUCACACAGCAUUAGACUAUGUUAACUAUAUCACUUUAGUUCAGUCCCGUAAAGUACCUUCAAUAUUGUCGACGUUAUUGGACUAUUAUCAGGCUUGUGUUACAUAUUAUCAUCAAGGUUUCGAUUUAUGCAACGAUUUUGAUGUAUUUUUCAAAAGUAUUACUGAAGACUUAAAUGCGUUACGCGGUGAAUAUCAACAACUAGAGAAGGCCAUGCAAAAUCGCCAUAUGAGUGUGAAUAGUUUUAGUGAAACGAAUACAAAUAGUACUUCGAAUAAAAUCGAAGGAUAUUUAUUCAAAAAGAAAUCGAAAGGAUUUAAAACUUGGUGUCGUCGAUGGUUCUAUUUAAGUGAUAAUCAACUAGUGUACAGUGAUUUGGAUUCGAAUUGCAGAAAACGUAGCAACGAGGAUUCAUUUUCUGUGAUGGAAGAAGAUUUACGCAUUUGCACUGUGCGACCAGUUAACGAUGGUGAUCGACGUUUCUGUUUUGAAGUCAUAUCGCCUACCAAAUCUCACAUUUUACAAGCUGACUCAGCUGAUAUGCUUACCAUGUGGAUUUCAGCUUUACAAAAAAGUAUUGGUGCAGCUAUACAACAUGAUUCACAACAUUCCAGACCACAGUCGUCAUUGCAUGCAAAUCCCUUGAAUGCCAAAAGAAAAGUACAUUGGGAACAAUUCCUUAAAAUUCCUGGCAAUGCACAGUGCUGUGAUUGUCGCGGCGCUGAUCCACGUUGGGCUUCCAUUAAUUUAGGCAUAACUUUGUGUAUAGAAUGUUCAGGUGUUCAUCGAAGUUUGGGCGUACACUACAGUAAAGUACGUUCUCUGACUCUAGAUGCUUGGGAAACGGAAAAUGUUAAAGUCAUGAUGGAAUUGGGUAAUGCCGUAGUCAAUCGCAUCUAUGAAUCACGUAUUGGUGAUAAUUGUGAACUGAAACCGGCUACGGAAAAUUGUGAAAUAUCGGUGAGGGAAGCAUGGAUAAAGGCAAAAUAUGUAGAGAAACGUUUUGUAUGCGGUAUGCCUAAACCAACCGACUAUCUAUCCAGUGAAACGGCCGAAGUUUUAUCGAUCGACAGUGGUGAAUUAGGCAAAAGGGCGACACUGUCUUUGGGUGCUCCACGCAAAUGGGCAGUUAAAAAGUUUAGACGUCGUCGUCAUCGUGAACGUAAACGUCAACGUUCAAGUUCCAAAUCAUCCGAUGAUCCUGUCAUAGACGAAGUUGAUGAUGACGAUGAUGACGAAUCGAUUAAUAUACCCUCUAUGUCCUUAAGUAUUUCACGAGAAGAUCUUUUAAUAGUGGGCGAUGAAUUAGGUUUAGAAACAUAUGAAACACCUGGUAUCCUAGGAUCAGAUCAAGAAUCUACUGAGGGAGAAAAUGAACCAGAAGUUAUACAUGAAGUGCCCUUUUCAAAACUAAAUGCGAAUCUCAUGUUGUAUCAAGCAUCAGCUGUACACAAUUUACCAGUAAUGUGUAUGGCCUUUGCUUUAGGUGCCGAUAAGAAUUGGCGUAAUGUAGAAGAUCAUAAUCGUACUUACUUACAUCAGGCAGUAUUAUCGGGUUCUGUUAUGGCUUGUGAAUAUCUGCUAUUGAAUGGCGUACCGAUUGAUUCUGUAGACGAUUUAGGUUAUAGUGCUUUACACCUGUCCACUGGCAAAGGUUUCAUAGCUCAAGUAUAUUUAUUGCUUAAGCAUAAAGCCAAAUAUGACAUCGAAGCCAAUGAUGGUAAAAAACCAUUAGAUAUUGCUGUUGACCAACGAAAUGCUGAUAUUGUUACACUUUUACGUUUAACACGACUAAAUGAUGAAAUUGGCCUUAACGAUGAAGGCAAUGGUGAAGAUGAAACCUACAAGGAUGUUAUGAAAGAUUUUUCUAAUUUCACCUCCAGUCAACCACGUAUGUUACGUAAUCGCAACGAUUCUAAUACUUUAGAAUCUCAACGUUCUUCCAUGACCAAUUCGGAUUAAAAAUCAUACUCAAGAGAAUUUAAAAAACUAAACAAUAAAAAAGAGUAAAUGUCAUGUGUUUUUACAAUGUAAUCUAUGUUAUUUAUAUUUGUUAUUUAUAUUAAAAACAACAACAAAAAUAUUAAGAAAAAACAAACACGAAUUAAAAUAUCAGUCAUUCUGUUAUAUAAAAUUCAUAAAUAUAAAAUUAAGAAAACUAUAAGAUGUGGUGCUUUGAGAGCUAAAUAUCUUUUUAUUAUGUUAAAAAUUGUGAAUUAUUAUUAUUAUCAUUAUUUUUUAAUUCAUUCAUUAUUAUUAUUUAUUAUUAAAGCCAACGUGUAAGAAGAACUAGUAGUAUUUUGUUUUGCUCAAAAUUUACUUUACAUUUGUCUGACUUUUUUUCUAUUAUUAUUUAAGCAUUUAUUGUUAUUUAAAUGAAAAAUGUUUAUUAGAAUUAAAAUGUAACUGCUUUUUUAAAGUGUCUUU